CCAACUUAUCUCCAGGAAAGAGCCUGCCCCCAACGUCCCACACACUUUGACCCCUCGAGCAAUGCGGCUACAUCAGCCACAGCUGCAGCAACCUCAGGUGCCGGAGGCGGUGACGGCUACGUCGACGCCGGUUUCGGGUCCCUCGCUGUCGGCUGAGGCGCCGCCGAAGCUGGUGGCUCUAGCCAUUGACAGGCUGGGCCAUGCCGCUCGCCUCAUUGCCGACAUCGGGCUGGGCGCCGACCGUCUCCUCGAAGCCCCCUUUGUCGCCGCCCAGCCUUACCCAAGCACCAAACCUCUGCAGUUGUUCCUCAAAGAAGAUGCCUCCAUGCGUCAACACCUCCAAGAGCUCCGAUCCGUUGGAAGGCAACUUGAGGAGUCCGGGGUUCUAGACGAGUCACUUAGGUCUCAAAGUGAUUCGUGGGGGCUGCACAUGCCCCUGGUCUGUCCAGACGGUGCUGUGGUUGCAUAUGCUUGGAAACGCCAACUAGCCGGCCAGGCUGGUGCUUCUGCGGUCGACAGGACGAGGUUAGCUCUCAAGGCCUUCACUGAUCAGAAAAGACGGUUUUUCCCUCACCUUGAUGAUGGAUUAGAUGGUCAGAGUACCGAAUCUGCUUCAAAGAAACGUUGUGGUCACCAGGUACAGAUGGAAAAUCAUCAAGAAGAGCUUAGUGAUUAUAAGACACUGUCAGAUGUUCUGACACAUCUGGAAAAAGAAGUGCCAAAUUUCAGAGUUUUCACUUAUGAACGAUUGGACUGGUUGAAAAGAGCAUCUUCGCUGCCCUCUUCAGCAAAUGAGACUUCCAUGGAAACAUCUAAUGAACACAAUUUUCGCAGUUCAAAUAAACUAAGACUAGGAUCACUGAGUGCUGUAGCUACAGAGAAGACUGCUGUAAUUGAGUUGCUGUUUCCCUCCAUCUUCAGAGUUAUUGUAUCUCUUCAUCCUGUUGGUUCUAUUGAUCUUGAUUCAGUUGCUUUCUUUUCUCCAGAUGAGGGAGGCAGCUACAUACAUGCUAGGGGGAUUUCAGUUUAUCAUGUAUUUAGAUUGAUUACGGAGCAUGCUGCUAUGGCUCUGCAGUAUUUUCUUGGAAUUCAAGCUGAAACAACUCUACAUUCUCUUCUGAAGUGGAUCUGUAGCUAUCAAACUUUAUUUACCUGAGUUUGCAGUAAGUGUGGACGGCUGCUAUUGAUGGACAAAAAAUCUGCUUUACUGUUACCUCCAGUUUAUCGUCCCUACAGGCAGUUUUCUUCAUUGGAAAUUUCAUCCAUCCAACCCAUUUCCUCAGCAAACGAUAGGAGUUCUGAUCUUGCUUGGGCUUAUCAUGUUAGUUGCUUUUCAGAGGAAAGCUUAGUCCACGUAUUGUGCUUUACUUGUAUGUUGCAGUUUUCAUCCCGUUUUCUGUUAAUACUAAGAUGUCCUGUUAGUUGUUGCAUAAUCUAGUAAGAGAAAGUGGAAAAAAAAAAAUUGACAAAUCCUGUAGAUUGUAAAGUGAAUUUUCAUAUUGAAGUUUUAUAAAGUGGAAAAAAUGUGGCUGCUUA